AUGACGCAGAGUGAAAACGUAGCUGCAUCUGAAAGAGCCGCCGACCCCAAAGAGGGGCCCGGUGCUGAAGACGGAGAACCGGACGAGGACCGCGAUGAUCACGACGAUGACUUGGACGACGAAUCCAUCUUCACCUGUGACAACUGCCAACAGGACUUUGACUGUCUGGCUGAGCUCACCGAGCACAGAACCAACCACUGCCCAGCUGACGGUGACGAUGACCCAGCAGGUUUGUCCUGGGUGCCUUCCUCGCCCUCCAGUAAGGAUGUGGCAUCGCCUUCGCAGAUACCCGAUGGCUGCUGUGACCUCGGCAUGGCCACUGGCGGCGAGGAGGAGGGAGGAGCGGGCCUGCCGUACCCGUGCCAGUUCUGUGACAAGUCCUUCAGCCGCCUGAGCUACCUGAAGCGACACGAGCAGAUCCACAGCGACAAGCUGCCUUUCAAGUGCACCUUCUGCAGCCGUCUGUUCAAACACAAGCGGAGCCGAGACCGCCACGUCAAACUGCACACAGGAGAUAAGAAGUACAGCUGUCAGGAGUGUGAGGCGGCUUUCUCUCGCUCGGAUCACCUAAAGAUCCACCUGAAGACGCACAGCUCCAGCAAACCGUUUAAGUGCAGCGUGUGCAAGCGCGGCUUUUCCUCCACCUCGUCGCUGCAGAGCCACAUGCAGGCUCACCGUAAGAACAGAGAGCACCUCGCCCUGAGGAGCGAGAGAGAUGGAGGAAAGAAGGGAGCGGCCGGAGACGGCGACCUGGAGCAGGACCUGUACAUGUGCGAUUACUGCGAGGAGACGUUCAGUCAGACCGACGAGCUGGAGAAACACGUCCUGACCAGACACCCCCAGCUGUCGGACCGGGCCGACCUGCAGUGCAUCCACUGUCCUGAGAUCUUUCUCGACGAGGCUUCGCUGCUCACGCAUAUCGAAACGCAGCACGCUAACCGCAAACACAAAUGCCCCGUCUGCUCGGAGCAGUUCCCCUCCGUCGAGGAUGUGUACUGCCAUCUAGACAGCCAUCGUCAGCCCGAUUCGUCCAACCACAGCGCUGCCAGCCCCGACCCGGCGCUCGGCAGCGUCGCCUCAAUGAGCUCAGCCACUCCAGACUCCAGCGCCAGCCUGGAGAGAGGCUCCACCCCCGACUCCACGCUAAAGCACAGCCAGGGCAGCGAACGCAGCCGCAGGAGAGGCGGCGAUCCCGGCGAGGACGUGGGGAUAAACCUGGGCCAUCAAGGCGGAGGCGGGGGCGGAUCCUGGGGUAAAGUGACCUACUCUUGCCCUUACUGCUCAAAGAGAGACUUCCACAGUCUGGCCGUGCUGGAGAUCCACUUGAAGACCAUCCACGCAGAUAAGCCACAACAGAGCCACACGUGUCAGCUGUGCCUGGAAACUCUGCCCACGCUCUACAACCUCAACGAGCACGUGCGCAAAGCUCACCGUGCGAGCGGAGGGACGGUGGGUGCGGCGGCCUUUCCUCUGCUGCAGUUCACCAACGUCACGGCGUUCCACUGCAACUACUGUCCCGACAUGUUCGGGGACAUCAACUCUCUGCAAGAGCACAUCAGGGUUUCCCACUGCCUGCCCGGCGGCAUCAUGGCAGGAUCCACCACAUUAGAAGGGAACCAUGCCUUCUUCUGCAACCAGUGCUCCAUGGGUUUCCUGACAGAGUCCUCGCUGACGGAGCACAUUCAGCAGACACACUGCACCUCCGCAACAGGUGGAGGAAGCGCAUCAGGUGGAGCAGUGGCCAAACUCGAGUCUCCCAUACUUCAGGCGGGAUCGCAGUCCUUCAUGGAGGUUUACUCCUGCCCUUACUGCACCAACUCUCCUAUCUUCGGCUCACUCCUCAAGCUCACCAAGCACAUAAAGGAGAACCACAAGAACAUCCCGCUGGCCAACAACAAACGGCAAGCCAAAGUCGCAGACCUGAGCCCCGCCUCGUCGGACGUCGAGAUCUCCUCCCCGAAACGCCACCGGCUCGGAGGGGACUCCACUCCGUCCGUGGGGAGCAACGGAGACUAUCCCUGCAACCAGUGCGAUCUGCGCUUUGCUAGUUUUGAGGGUUUCCAGGCCCACCUCAAGUCGCACCUGGAGAUGCUGCUGAGGCGCCAGUCCUGCCCCCAGUGCAACAAGGAGGACUUUGAGUCGCAGGAGGCGUUGCUGCAACACCUGACGGUGCACUACACCACCACGUCCACCCAGUAUGUGUGCGAGAGCUGCGAUAAACAGUUCUCGUCGGUGGACGACCUGCAGAAACACCUGCUCGACAUGCACACAUUUGUCUUGUACCACUGCACCCUCUGUCAGGAGGUCUUUGACUCCAAGGUGUCUAUCCAGGUGCAUCUGGCAGUGAAGCACAGCAACGAGAAGAAGCUGUUUCGCUGCACAGCGUGUGCCUGGGACUUCAGGAAGGAGGCGGAUCUUCAGCUGCACGUUAAACAUAACCAUCUGGGCCAAAGGUCAGGCCUCCCGGGAGGCCUCGGUGCAGGACUCAAACCCCGGAAGUGCAUCUUCUGCGGGGAGAGCUUCGGAACAGAAGUGGAGCUCCAGUGUCACAUCACCACGCACAGCAAGAAGUUCACGUGCCGCUUCUGCGGCAAAGCUUUCCACGCCAUCUCGCUGCUGGAGAGACACCUGAGAGAAAAGCACUGCAUCUUCGACGGCAGCAACAUCACCGGCAACGGAGGCGGCACCGGGAGCAGCGGGAGCCAGAACGGGACGCCUAACGGUUUGGCGCAGACCUCCAAGCGAGGAGGAGGAGGAAGUGGCAACGGAGGAGCAGGAAGCGUGGAGAGAGCGACGGUCGCGGCUGCCGAGCAAGCCGACCUGCAGAACAUGCUGCUGAAGAGCGCAGCGGUGGGAGGAGGCUCGAGCCAGGGCGGAGAUGCAGCCAACAGCCACGAGGCGAGCGGCGGAGAGGAGGAGCUGGAUAAUGCAGAGCCCAUGUACGCCUGCGAUAUCUGCGGCGCCGCCUACACCAUGGAGUCUCUGCUGCAGAACCACCGCCUGCGCGACCACAACAUCCGGCCGGGAGAAGACGACGCCGGUUCUCGAAAGAAGAAGGCGGACUUCAUCAAAGGAAACCACAAGUGCAACGUGUGCUCCCGAACCUUCUUCUCUGAGAACGGGCUUCGUGAGCACGCUCAGACGCACCGCGGCCCCGCCAAACACUACAUGUGUCCCAUCUGUGGCGAGCGUUUCCCCUCGCUGCUGACCCUCACCGAGCACAAGUCUCCUGUGUUCCUUCUGUUACAGAAGAAGACCUACCAGUGUAUUAAAUGCCAAAUGACGUUCGAGACAGAAAGAGAGAUCCAGAUCCACGUCGCCAAUCACAUGAUCGAGGAAGGCAUCAAUCACGAGUGCAAGCUGUGUAACCAGAUGUUUGAUUCACCUGCCAAGCUGCUUUGCCACCUGAUAGAGCACAGCUUCGAAGGCAUGGGAGGUACCUUCAAGUGUCCCGUCUGCUUCACAGUGUUUGUGCAGGCCAACAAGCUCCAGCAACACAUCUUUGCUGUCCACGGUCAGGAAGACAAGAUCUACGACUGUUCCCAGUGUCCACAGAAGUUCUUUUUCCAGACAGAGCUACAGAACCACACACUGAGUCAGCACGCGCAGUGAGACCGAGGCUCGGCAGGAUCUCGCAGCUCAGCCGGGGCCCCCGACCCAGAGCCGGCGGGGGACCCCCAUCUCCACAUCACAGCCAAUCAAAGUGUCAUUUGCUACUCACAUGUAAAACUCUAACGAUCGCGCCACUGGGCGCGGCUAUUAGGAGCAGCGGGGGAAAGGAAUAUUAAUGGGAUAUGCUAUUAAAUAAAGAAAGGAGAAAGUGGGUGAGGAAAGCAGUGAGCGCUCGCUGAAGGAAAGAGAACCAAGGUAUUGUACGUGCAGUAUUUUUUAUUGUCCCGCCAAAACCCCCACCAGCUUCUUCGUCCUCCCCCCCUCCCACCAAUCACUCCCCAGGUCAAUUUAUUUUAUUUUUUAAUGAAUAGAAAAGGAAAAAAGCAAGAAAACAGCUUUUGUUUUGAGAUUUUUUUGUUUUGUUCUUUCAUAGACUGUAGACUUUCUCGUCCCCUCGGUCGCUUAUUGUAUUCGACUUCAUAGGUGCCGUUUCCUUUGAUUUUUCCUUUUCCACUUCUUUGCUUUUGUUUCAUUUUUGUACCUUUCAUUUCUUGCAGUAAGUAGGUACUUGUGCUGUGUUGUGAUUGUUUGCCAGUCGUAAUAUUCCUAAACCGCCACCUAAAACGAUCCUUUUUAUGAUUAUUGUUAUAUAUAUUUUUCCUUUUUGUAAUUACUAUGAAAACAAAAAGACAUGAAAACAAAAAUAAAGUGCAGAAAACCAUACAGAUGUUUCUUUUUUUGGAUUGGGUUUUCCAGUCUCUAUGGGGCCUAUAAUGGUUAUUGUAAAAAAUAAAUAUCAUCGAUUUCAAUGCGUCUGGUCAACGACUGCUUUUUGAAUGUGAAUUAACCAGAUUGCAAUAAUCUAGUACAGAAAAAAGAUGAAAGGAAUAAAUAAAUGACAAAUAAAGAA